AUGGCCGCUACUAAUAAUUGGAUAUUAUCUAAUUUCCUAUUCCUAAGCAAGAGAUGCGUGAUGAAAAUGUAUUACCUUGUUCCUUUUUAUAUAUUUCAAUUUAAUAAUGAUGCAGGCAUUACCUGUUUUCUCGAGUGGGGAGGCGAUCCUUAUCAAAUUACUUUCUCCCUGCCACUAACAGGGCACUUGCCUUUCUGCUUUUGGCUAUUUUUUGCCUACUACUCCUCCUACCCUCAAGCCAUCCUCUAG